CCGGGCUGAAGCAAAACUAAAGAAGAAGCAAAACAUAAUCCGUGAGAUCAACCGGUGUAGGCAAAAUAUAUUAUGGUAAAUAACGGGAGUUUAGUCUAUAGACUAUGACGCACUUUCGGGGUCAGAUACGGGGACCACACUGGGGCCCUACAAUGGACAACAUGCUAAUAGAUUUCUGGCGCAAACAUGAUUGCCUUUUUAAUUCCUCGGUGGAUUCUUACUACGACAAGGAUUUGAAGACAAAGCUGUGGACCGAGUUCGCGCUGUCCAUCGGAAAGCCUGUAUCUGAUGUUGAGAGAAGAUCAAGAUCGCUCCGGACCCAGUACGGGAGGGUGCUAUGGCAUCCGGAGAGAGUCAGCACUGUGCAACAGAAAAUGCUUAGGGAGAAACUUGAUUUCUUGAGGCCUUAUAUAGUUCGCCGGCGAGGUGAUUCAUAUCUGGAGGAAAAGUUUGAUGAUCGGGAAGAGGAUGAUGAUGAGCCGGAGACCGAAGGAUGUUUUGACCAGGAGAUGGGAAGCUCAUUUGGUAGCCCACUGGAUGCUGAUGUGACUGGGCAAGAUCUGAAUGAUGAACACCAGUCUGUUACCUCCACCCCGAAUCCUGCUUCCCUGGACUGUCCAAACCCACACCCUCAAGUCACAGAGGUGAUCUCUUUGAGCUGUCCACACCAUCACAAUGAUGAUAGUUCUGCUGAUCAACCCAAUCAAAGAGCUGCACCAAACACAUCCAAACAUGACAUACUAAACCAGUUUUCAGAGGUUAUGUUAGCUGAUAUGCGGCAGAUUAAAGACCCUAUGGUGCUCAUGAGACUUCGCAGAGAUAUGACCGACCUGGUGUUCAAAGCGGUGGAAGAGGACGUGCAGAGACGAUGUGCACGAGUGCCAUCAAUGCCCAUGCUGGGGGAGAGUACACACAGCUGCUCCCGGCCUCAACAGUCGUGUUCACAGACAGACCUCUCUUGGAGGCAGAGGUUUUUGAAGAGAAAGAAUGAAGGGUCUGAGCUUGGAAGGAGGAUGCAGAGAUGGGAGGAGAUCAAGCACAUGAGGAGAAUGGGCAGGAGUCAGUUAUUGCAGCCUGUCCAGCAAGGCCAAGCACUGGAGGGGAUGACUGAAAACGGCUCUCAGGUUCUUUUUCAGGCUUCUGAGAUCAAGAGAGAGACAGAGCCAAACAUAGUUAAACUCGAGGAGGACACACUUGCUUUGGCUUAAAAUUUAACAUACGGAGUUUACUGUUUUCCUUAAUACAGUUGACACAGUCAGUAGGUGUAGGUUAGUAAGCUACUUAAGGCCAGGAACACCUCAGUUAGUCAGCAGCAAAUGAUAACAGUAGAAAACGGAUACUGCAAAGUGUUGUUCCCAAUUGCCCUCUUUGCCAUACGGAAGUCCUGACAUUUGUUACUUAUUAGCACUUAGUUGCAUUUUGUAGAGGGAUUCAGAUGUGAAUCAUAUUGAUAUUGUUAAAAGGGCAAUUACCAGGAUAAACAGGUAUCAGUGGACUUAAGGACACUAAAUUACAAUACCAAGGACCCCAUCUAAAUGACUUUUCACACAUAAUUUGAAUUUCUAAAGAAUGGGUGCAUCAGAAAUCUUUCAAAAUAAUUCAUACCUGGUCUACGUUUACCUUAAGUGUGCUAUUAAACACUGGAAUAACUUUUGGAUGUCUGCUAGCCAGAAAACUUGCAAGUGUAGCCAAGGUAUGGACAAUUCUGAACUUUAAACACAAGGCAGUGGGCACUGUGUGACACGACUCAAAAAGAUGAGGCUUUAUACAUGUUUUGAUGUUCUGCUCUUAUCAAAGAGAAAAUACUUGUUUUCACCCGUUCUCCUCUGUGUUCAUACUCUGUGAGUAUGAAAUCCGACCUAGACCAGAGAGUGAUAUUUCUAGAAACAGUACUUUUCAAUACUUUGGAAUUAACAUUGCAACAAUAAAAAGUCAGAAACUCGA